AUGUUAUCCAAAAUUGACAUUAUUAUUCAAGCGGGGACCUCUUCCAGUGAGACGGAGACUACUAACCCGAGUCACGAGAUGCUUCGUUCCACUUUGGCUGCUUAUCCGGAAACUACAUUUGGUGAAAUGCUUAAAGAACCACCAAAAGAGGUGGUGGAGCACAAAGAAUAUUUUUUUUAUCGAAAUGGAGAAGCAUUCGGAUUCAUCAUGCAAUUCUACCGCGAAGGCAAAAUCAAGUGGUUCUAA